CCUGAAUAGGAAACGCGUCGUCACGAGAUGAGUCACGAGCCAUGUGGAUACAGCGGACCAAUAAUAGCCUUAGUUCCAUAUUACAUAAGCCUUCCGCUCUAACAACGCGAACAAAAUCUCCGGCCACCCGUUCAUCCCCUCAUUCCCAGGCCACAAACAAUAGCCAUCAGUUACAAUUGGAGACUGUGUGUUUGGAACCUUCUUGCGCACCUUAAUAUCCCCUUUGUUCUUUUAGUGAUCACUUGGUGAUCGCAGCUCGACUCCAACAACGAGCCCUGACACAAGUCUUAUCUGCCUAAGUGUCACGCCACCGUUGCUGGUCCUCAGCAAACAUGUCACCGGAAAAGGGAGUGUUCUUCUAUGCCAAGUUCAAUCUAUCUGCCCUCCUCCACCUCGCAGGACAGAUUCGAGAUACGCUAUGCUCUUGCGAUGAAUCUAAGCGGCCAGAGAGCGGAGCCCUAAAUUGGGCAAUUGUCCUUUCGUUUGAAGACGGCGUGGAAUGGAUCUUUCGUUCUCCUCGAAGGUGCCACGACAUUUCUCCGGAGACUACAGCAAGGUUGCUUGAAAGCGAGGUCGCAACUAUGAAAUAUGUCAAGCUGAAUAGCUCAAUUCCUGUUCCAGAGGUUUUCGAUUAUAGCUGUACUGGAUCUAAUACGAUUGGGAUUCCUUUUAUUCUUAUGAGCAAAGCUCCCGGUUACGCACUUAGUCAUUUUUCCUGGAAUGCUCGUCCAGAGGGGAUAGUCUCGUCUCGCAAACCACUUCCCUGCCUUAAGAGAGCGAACAAGGAGAAGAUAAUGAAGCAACUAGGUGUAAUAUCCUCACAGUUGUUGAAUCUGCGGUUCGAUAAGAUAGGGUCACUGUUCGAGGAAAAUGGAGAAUAUCGCAUUAAAAAGUGUCUCUCGCCUGCACUGGUUUGGCACGAGCGAGACUCUUUAGACGAUGACGUCUUACGAGGCCCAUUUCAACACACCCACGAUUACUACGAAUCGCAACUUUCAGCAUUUCUUCUUCAUGUCAAAGAGCUUCCGCUAGAGCAGCACGCCUUCUUCGCGCCGAUCCCAGAACUCAGAGAAUUCGAAACACUUCUGAGCUACCGAUCUGCAGUUAGUCGAUGGAAUGAUUUUGUUACUGUGGGUUCAAAAAUCGACGGUAGUAAGAAUAGAUUGGAUUACUGCGUCGCUGGGCAUUUUCUGCGCCAAAUGAUAACUUUGAUUACCCAGCAACCGUUUGCGAUCUCAGGCGAUUUUGAGAAUGGAUACCCUCUCUCCCAUCCAGACAUCAGUACAAGCAACAUCUUCGUUGAUAGUGAUUUCAAUAUCACUUGUGUCACUGACUGGGCAUUCUCCUCCACUGUUCCUAUAUCGACACUUCUGGUGACUCCAAGCCUCCCUCACCCAAGAGAUGAAGUUGACACGACACUAGUUCCUACUUUCAGGGCCAGUUUCACUGAUCACUUUCUUCAGGGAAAGGAUAUCAAGCUGAACCCUGAAUUCUGGGAUUCCACCCGGAGAGCGUGGCUAUUUUUGCGGCUAGUGACUCUCGAUAGUUUGCAAGACUACCGUUAUUUCACAGAGCUGUAUGUGUCGGUGCAUAAACCAGAGGAUGAUAUAGAUGUUCCUAGGCUUUUCAAAGACGUACAAAAGGAAGAGGAAUUUGUAGAGCUGGCUACGACGCUUGCGGAGGAUGAUCGUUCAGCAGAUGAGAUUCAAAGAGAUGAAGAGGAAUACUUUCACUAUUCGCGUUCGGAGAGAGAAGCUAUAGCGAGGAAACUUACAAUGGUGGCAGGGUUGAGUGAGGGGUUUGUGGCGGAUAAGAGGUUAUGGCAAUGGAUUGAAGAAGCGAUAGCAUAGGCCGCUCUGUAUUAUUAGAGGCUGAUGGCUAGUAUCACAUCUACAGACUACGUCAGCGCCUAUCUACUCACCUGCUUUCAUCAUGUAUAAGUAUUAUCCCCUGAAGAUGACACUGCUCGGCAGAGGCAGUUCGAAUCCACAGGGGUGUGACGCAUACCUGACUCGAGGAUCGCAGAGCCGGCGAUACCGGGGCUAUCGUAUCAAGAGAGUGAGCCUUUGAAAGAGGAGGGUGAUGGAUUCUUAGGGGGGGGGGGAGGAGG